GGGACGCGGAGACGCCAUUUUCGGCGGCGGGAGCAGCGGAGCCGGAGCUGGCUGGGCGGCGGCUGCGAGGAGGCGCCGUGGGACACAGCGCGCGUGGGCGGCCGAGGAUGCUGCGGGGCGGCCGCGCCGGCGCCCCUCGUUUGUGACCGCGGAGCCGCACCUGACGCGGCGAGGCGACAGCCCCGGCGGUCCCGCUCGGCGCACGCGCCCGCGGCCUCCCGGUGCUGACAGCGCGAGCGCGCGGCCCCGCGGGAGCAGCACGAAUGUAUGACAGCAUGUCCACAAUGGUGUACAUAAAGGAAGACAAGUUGGAGAAGCUUACACAGGAUGAAAUUAUUUCUAAGACAAAGCAAGUAAUUCAGGGCCUGGAGGCUCUGAAGAAUGAGCACAAUUCCAUUUUACAAAGUUUACUGGAGACACUGAAGUGUUUGAAGAAAGAUGACGAAAGUAAUCUGGUGGAAGAGAAAUCAAACAUGAUCCGAAAGUCACUGGAAAUGUUGGAGCUUGGCCUGAGCGAGGCACAGGUUAUGAUGGCUCUGUCAAAUCACCUGAAUGCCGUCGAGUCGGAGAAGCAGAAGCUGCGUGCACAGGUUCGUCGUCUGUGCCAGGAGAAUCAGUGGCUGCGGGAUGAAUUGGCCAACACGCAGCAGAAAUUGCAGAAGAGUGAGCAGUCUGUGGCUCAACUGGAGGAAGAAAAGAAGCAUCUGGAAUUCAUGAAUCAGCUAAAAAAAUACGAUGAUGACAUUUCUCCAUCAGAGGACAAAGACACUGAUUCCACCAAAGAACCUCUGGAUGACCUCUUCCCGAAUGACGAUGAUGACCCUGGUCAAGGAAUGCAGCAGCAGCAGAGCAGUGCAGCGGUGGCCGCCCAGCAGGGUGGCUACGAGAUCCCCGCGCGGCUGCGCACCCUGCACAACCUGGUCAUCCAGUACGCCUCGCAGGGGCGCUACGAGGUCGCCGUGCCCCUCUGCAAGCAGGCCCUGGAGGACCUGGAGAAGACCUCUGGCCAUGACCACCCGGACGUGGCCACCAUGCUGAACAUCUUGGCCUUGGUGUACAGAGACCAGAAUAAAUACAAAGAUGCAGCUAAUCUACUGAAUGAUGCCUUGGCCAUCCGUGAAAAAACUUUGGGCAAAGAUCAUCCUGCGGUGGCAGCAACUCUGAAUAACCUCGCAGUGCUUUACGGCAAAAGAGGAAAGUACAAAGAAGCUGAGCCGCUGUGUAAAAGAGCUCUGGAGAUCAGAGAAAAGGUUUUGGGAAAGGAUCACCCCGAUGUUGCCAAGCAGUUAAAUAACUUGGCCUUACUGUGCCAGAACCAGGGCAAGUACGAAGAAGUAGAAUAUUAUUAUCAAAGAGCCCUCGAGAUCUACCAAACCAAACUGGGGCCUGAUGACCCCAAUGUGGCCAAAACGAAAAAUAACCUGGCAUCCUGCUAUCUGAAGCAAGGAAAAUUCAAGCAGGCGGAAACACUGUACAAAGAGAUUCUCACUCGCGCACAUGAAAGGGAGUUUGGUUCUGUAGAUGAUGAAAAUAAACCCAUUUGGAUGCAUGCUGAGGAAAGAGAAGAAUGCAAAGGAAAGCAAAAGGAUGGGACUUCUUUUGGAGAGUAUGGUGGCUGGUACAAAGCCUGCAAAGUUGACAGUCCGACCGUUACAACUACUUUAAAAAACCUUGGGGCACUUUACAGACGUCAAGGCAAAUUUGAAGCUGCAGAAACUCUGGAAGAAGCAGCCAUGAGGUCACGCAAACAGAGAGUAGCUGAAGUGCUGAAUGACCCUGAGAACAUGGAGAAGCGGAGAAGCCGCGAGAGCCUCAGCGUGGAUGUGGUCAAGUACGAGAGCGGCCCUGACGGAGGGGAGGAAGUGAGUAUGAGCGUAGAGUGGAACGGGGAUGGCACUGGAUCUUUAAAACGCAGUGGUUCCUUUAGCAAACUCCGGGCUUCAAUUAGACGCAGCAGUGAGAAGCUGGUUAGGAAGCUGAAGGGAGGAGGUUCACGAGACAGUGAGCCAAAGGACCCUGGCAUGAAGCGUGCCAGUUCUCUGACUGUCCUUAACGUGAGUGGCACGGCGGCCGCAGACCAUUUCCAAGUAAGGAGCCCUGCCCCACUUACACCCUUUACAUGUUGGCUGGACCUUCCUCACCACUGCUGCCCUUUGAGCAGAGCCUGUGGACUGCCCCACUUACACCCUUUACAUGUUGGCUGGCCUUUCCCCACCGCUGCUACCCUUUCAGCAGAGCCUGUGGGCAUUUUAGUGUUCCUGAUUCAGGACACAUAGACACCAUAAAUGACACUUUCAUAGUCAGCAUGAACUUAACCAUCUGAAUUAUGGGAAUGUUGUGAACAUUCUCAGUGUACGAAUUAAUGAUCUUUACAAAUACGUUGAUUGACAAUUAAAAAUUAAAUAUUCUGAUAAAGUAAUAUCAAAACUUGGCCAGUUGUUAAUUUGUAUUAUUUGUAUGAUUUUAGCUUCUAGUAGUUUAUAACUAAUAUAAUGUCUAGCUAAGCUGUUCAGUGUUUUAAAACUAUUCAAAACUUCACUAAGUAGUCACUUUGACAAACAGUCUUUAGCACUUUGUCACCUGUCCAAGUCUCACACAGACCAGUCACCUUUGCGCUUAAAACUGUUGGCAUCCUGUUCUCCAUUACAAAUGGCCCUUUUAUUUUCCACGUGUGACUGUUGGGUGUGCCCAGGCCUCUGGCCCCUUCUGUGACCUGGCUGCUGUCCACCAGGACCAGGUGUCCUGGUCACCACACCUGUUGAUGCGGCAGCUUUCCCAGUCACCUCAGUCCCACCGGUAACCUAUUUGACGCACAGGGACAGUGACAGUGACAGUGACGGGCCGGCAGGAGUGCUGGCCUUCCCCUCACCCCCAGCACGCUGCGGGCGGCGGCUGUUCCCAGGAUGCUGUCAUCGGGCCUCUAGUUUAAAAGCUGCAGGGUGCUGGGAGGAUGCACUCCUGACGAUGACGAUCGAAGAAACUACUUUUGUUCUUAAAAGGUCUGGAGCUGACACAGUCCUUCUGCUCCCCUUCCUUGUGUUUUGCACACACACAUCUGAGCAUCAGGACUCUCGUGUGUUGAUGUGAGUUGUGCAGUUAUUGUUAGUGCCGAGACCACUGGAAGCUGGCGUCAUGUGAGGUACUGGUUGAGAAUAAUUUUUCCAUUUGUUUUUUCACGCAGGAACGAAAUAAUUGUCUGGCAGACUCCAGAGCUCUCAGUGCCAGCCACGCCGACCUGGCCCCCACGGGUCGAGGCAGAGCUAGAUUAACCCCCAAGGCUAAUGAGCGCUGAG